CUUGUUCAAAUUAACACAAUCAAAGUUCAUACCACAUCAAAAACGCGCGGUAGCCGGAGCUGUAUAUAAUUAUAAAAAUAUAUUUAUUAUAAUUCAGUAUACGAAUACAAUAAAUAGUAAUACAGUUUAUAUUACUAAGUGACCGGAGUGUUUUAUUAAAUUCGAAAAGUUUUCUUAGAGAAAGGGGGAACUUCAAAUAUAACAAUGGGAGAACUCGGACACAAACUCGGUUUGGACGAGCUUUCUGGCGGAGCUUUGGGCAUCAGCAAAGCAUUGCUCGCCGAAUUUAUCGGUAACCUGUUACUGAAUCUAUUCGGAUGUGGUGCGUGCAUCAACGUAACACAUGGCUCGGAGGCGGCUCCCAACAUCGUCCUCAUCGCUUUUAGCUUCGGUCUCGCUGUCUUUGCCGCUGUUUCUGCAAUAGGUCACAUUUCAGGCGGGCACAUAAACCCCGCAGUGACCGCGGGCAUGCUAUCCACCGGUCGUAUCAAGCUAGCCCGCGCUAUUCUCUAUAUCAUCGCUCAAUGCGCUGGAGCAGCCGCUGGUUCUGGUCUCCUCAAGGCCUUUACCCCGGAGAAAGUGGCGGGAAAACUUGGUGUAACUGGGUUGGGUACAGAUGUCACAUCCCUGCAAGGCUUUGGAAUUGAGUUUUUCUUGGGUUUCGUGCUCAUCUUCGUCGUGUUUGGGGUGUGCGACCCCAACAAGCCCGACAGCAAGGCCACGGCGCCCCUCGCUAUCGGCCUCACAGUGACAUUGGGACACCUUCUAGCCGUGGACUAUACGGGAUCCGCUAUGAACCCCGCAAGGUCAUUCGGUUCUGCGCUCGUUGCUAAUGAAUGGGCUGAUCAUUGGGUAUACUGGGCGGGUCCAGUAGCCGGUGGAGUUGCUGCGGCUCUGCUGUACGCGCACGGAUUCUCUGCUCCCCCCCAUGAGCCAGCACCACGCUACAGACCAGUUGCUGCUGAUGAGAAGGAGCUGAAGAGACUGGACGGCAAAGGCGAAGACAUGGCGUGAGUGCGCGCGCGCAGACUGUGGCCGCUCGAGCCCGUCUCGGUGCCCAGUGACACGCGCAAAUACAGAACAUACAAACAUUUCUACGAUCGAAAUCACGUGUAAUCAAAAUAUUAAAAAAAAAAUCCAGAGAUUUAUUUCCGAAAAAAAUAGAGAUCACUUUUUCCCAUAAUUUUGCUCAAAAAUACAAAAAAAUCUGACUAAAUCUCAUUAAAUAUAAUACUGCCACCGACAACGAUAAUUAUAUUUUAUUACGCUACAGUUUUGGUAUAUUUUUGGUACAAAAAUAUUACCCAAAAAAAUUUUCUGAAUAAAAAACUUUUUGAAAAAUUUUCUCCACUAAAUUUAGAAUUGUAGAGGCGAAAAAAUUUUUCUCGUGCACUAACUAUUUAAGAACAUCUUCCAGUUUAUUAAAUGUAAGAUUUUAUACUAUUUAAUUACGUAAUAAUUAAGGAAAUCAUAGUCGUUAUUUAUGUACUCAUUGUGUGCCGCUUGGGAGAGUGUUUGAGUUUUCAAUAUUUGGUGUGAGAUACAAUAUUAAGAAAACAGAAACAUAAUAUAAUAAGAUCGAAUAUGUUAUUCUAUUUCUUCAUUUCACCGCUGUUUUACAAUUUAUAUGCUAUAUUGUAACUUGUAAGCGAUUUGCAGUUGUGUUCAUUAUUCGUGUUUAUCUUGAUAAUAAAUAAAUAUUUUUUUUUUAA